AUGUCGUUUUUUGGAUUUGAUGCCUCUGGGGCCCAGUUCCAAGGCUCUAAAUCCGACGGGAAAGCGUAUGAUUUUCAAGACACCUAUGAGGGCUUGGGCGAACUCGAAGAAGAUGACACUUUGAACGACCAAACUUUUGGUGUGAGCGCUGUCGGCAAAGAUUUCGAUUUUUCGGGCACUUUCAACGCGGCUGGCUCUAAGCCGCAAGCUGAAGUCAGGCCUCAGGUUUCUUAUGCUCGUGCAGCUGCUAACGACGAUGAAUUCAUGAAGGACUUGUGGGGCGUCAAUCCUCCACAAAAGAAGCCAGAGCAGGCUGCGCACGAAGAGAAGAAGGUGUUGAGUCUUCAGGAGAUAGAGGCGCAGUUGACGGCCAUUGACAACAGCCAACCCCAAGGACAGAUGCCUGUUCCACCUCAACAGCAGUUUUAUCCUGGGUACCCUGCUCCUCAGUUUCCUGGCUACAUGAUGCCUCAAGGUUUUAUGCCUCCACCGGGACAAUACGGCAUGCCUUACCCAGGCCAAUUCAUGCCUAUGCAAGCACCAAUUGGCCCCAAUGGCAUGACUCCUCAAGGAAUGCCUCCUAUGCCUAUGCCGCAUCAAGUGCCUCCUCAUCCUCAGCAAAUGCCAGCACAGCAGAUGCCACCACCUCCUCAACAACAGCAACAGCAACAGCAGCAGCAGCAACAGCAACAGCCACAACAACCACAGCACUCUGUUUCGGCUCCUGUGGCUGACCAACGCCAAUCUCCGCUCAAGCAACCUGUUGCAACAGCCCCACCUACUCAUUUGGUGGCUGAAUCCCCAACAUCAGCAGCUUCGGCAAAAGUUAAUUUGUCUCAGUUCCCAGUUUUAGGAUCUAAGGGUCAACGCUUGGACUCUCCUAAGGAAGCGCACGUUGCUGAGCAAAAACUGCCCAGAGAGAACCAAGGAUUUUCUCACAAUCGUCAUCACAUCCUGCUCGAGGAAUUGUCUCCAGAAGAGCAAGCCAAGAUGGCCAGACGCCAAGAGAAAGUGUCUAGAAUCAUGAGAUACUCAGGUGUGAUGAACCCUAAAGAUAAGGACUUUGUGACGAGAUUCCAACUCUCGCAGAUUGUUACAGAUGACCCUUACAACGAGGACUUCUACGCUCAAGUGUACAAGGUUAUUCAUCCAAAGGUACCACAGAAUGCAGUGGGAGCUCCUCCUGUGCAACAAGCCAACUCGAUUGCACAAGCCUACUUGGAUCAAAGUGGCCAUAGGUUGGGUGGUCGGUUCAGAAGAGCAGAUGUGGCCUUGCAGAGAAUGCAACAGCAAGUGCAAAAGGCUGUUUCUGUGGCAAAAGAGAGACAAAAAUUGCCACAACAUGUACGAGAAGGUGUCUUGGGUAAGAUUUCCGUUGGGUCGGGUAAAAAGCCAAGACAACAAUUGGUGAUUUUGAGUAAGGCUGCUCAAAAGGCCAAGGAAAGUGAAGACUCAGAAGAAGGCUUGGUGCCACAAAGUAAGAAAAACAGAUCUCCUUCAAUUGCCGCUCCUUCGAAGCCUAUUAAGAAGUACACCAAAAAAGACAUUAUGUGCAUUUUGGAAGAUGCCAUCAACAACUUGAUGGCUGUUGAGAGCGAAUCUCGCUUGUCUCCGGAUGUCGAUACCACAAAGUUGUGGGAAUCUCUUCAUAUUUUGGACCAGGCGUCCUCUUCUGGAGAUGACGAGUCAUUUGUCAAUCCUUUUAUCCAAUGCCUCAAUUAUUCGAAAAGUUUGAAGAUUCUUCCACGUUUGUUCAAGUUCUUGACCAGGGAACAGAUCUUGACCAUUGUCACAUUAAUCAUGUCCAAUUUAGAGAACUUGACCGUGAUAAAGAACGGCUCUUAUACUACCUACGCGAACAAAAGAGUCCCCGAGAACAUUUUAAAGUUGGUUGAUACGUACUCUUUGACCUUAUGCAAGGUAUUGAUGAAUGCAGUUCAAGACUUCAAAUUCAAUGAAAUCAUUGGCUUAAUUUUGAUUUUGAUCCAGCAUAAUGUUGUUUCCUUUGUUUCUACGACGAAGAUUGGUUUAUCCAUUUUGACAACUCUUUUGUCGAGAGCAGAACUUAUGAGAGGCGAAGGUUCUAUUUCUGCAACCGAUUUAUCUGAGUGGACUUCCUGUUACGACGAGUUAUUUACUGCCUUGGAAUCUCGCCUUGCAGCCAUUUUCCCUCCUGGUCUUGGGGAUGCCGAGGACGACUACGUAUGGCAAUUUUUGGCCACCUUGUCUCUAGGUGGUAAAUUGAGCCAUCAAAGAAUCAUUGUCGACGAAGUAAGAGACGAAAUUUUCGGAGUCAUGAGCAGAGCUAAAGCUAUUGACAAUUCGGAUAUGGCCAACUUGUACAAGAAACAGAGUAUGUUGAACAACUUGAACAUGUACUUGGUGGUGAUGGGAUUGGUCGCUGAUGAAAAUGAGAUUCAAGAGUUGAAAACUUAA